ACAGAAUUAUAGACUGACCUCACCAGUUAAACUUGAACCACAUUGGAUCCUGAUAAUACACCAUCACUGAGCGAGGUUGGUGUGAUCAUAACCAAACUCCAAACCCUUCCUUUGGCGUUUGGUUAAUAUUUAAUCUUUGCAACAAAGUGAAAAAAAGAAGAAGAGAAAAUAAUAUUUAAUCUAGUUUCGUAUUCAAUUCAGCCCAUCAUCCCAAAUCCCUUUUAUAUUUACAAAGAGAGAUCCACCACUGUAAGUCCCAUUAUUCUACCCGAAAAACUCAUUGAAAUCCAUUGAUGAAGCUCUGUCUUCCUCUGUAAUUCAAUGGAGUACGGUCACAAUCCAUGGACUGGGGUACCACCAAACUCUACCUUAUACGCUAACCCGAUCGACCCCUAUCAAUCUGUGUCUCAAAACCCUAACCCUAGCUAUGGCCAAGGGCAGGGUUUGCUGUUUAAUUAUGGCCACACCAAUGCUGCUAGCAGCGAACCAACGACGGUGUAUUAUCAGGACCCCAAUGUGGUCCAACUUUUGGGGGCAAAUGAUCCUUACAGGCUUGGUGAGGUAGCUGCAGUGUCUCUAAAUGGUGCAGAGAAAUUGACUCCUGUAAAUGUAAAUUCCAACUUUUUGAUUCAACCUGUGAGAAGUGGGUCUUGGGGAAGAGGCCAAAGGAAAAGUAAGACACAGCCUGUAUGGUGUGAUGUUUGCAAACUUGAAUUUAACAGCAAUAUUGUUCUAGGCAAACAUAAAUUAGGGAAAAGACACACACGAAGUUUAGAAAUAUUAAAAGGAGGCAGUGUUAUCACAGCCCCUACUUCUGCAGUGUCAGAUACCACAGUUGUAGGACUGCCAAAGAGGCCUAAUUUAGAAAAUGGACAAGAUGCAGGGGGGAAGGCCGUUGAACUGAUGAAGAAUUUGGAGACAAAAAGACAAAAAGUUUUGCAAGGAGGGGCAGCCACUAAUGAGGUUUGUAUUUGUCUCCAGUGUCUUUUAUGCGAGGUUGUUUGCAACAGUGAGACUGUUUUAAGACUUCAUCUCGCUGGCAAAAAGCACAUAGCUAACAUGAAAAAGCUUGCAUCUGGAGCUGGAGUAGCCCCUGCCAAUUAGAAUGGGAAUUUUAGUGGAGGCGGUGCUCGGUCCGUAGUUCAGGUUUCUUACAGCUGAUACAACUAGUUUACUGUAUAUGACAUUAUAUGUAAUGUAUUUGAUUGUAAUUCCUUGCUUUGAAGAGAAGGCAACUCAAUUUUUCUUUUUCUUCAUUAA